CCUGGGCGGCGGGAGCUCGGCGGAGCGGAGGGUGGCGGUGGCUGUGGCGGAGAGGGGCCAUGAACAGCCGCCUGCAGGAGAUCCGGGAGCGGCAGAAGCUCCGCCGGCAGCUCCUGGCGCAGCAGCUAGGGGCCGAGAACGCCGACAGCAUCGGCGCCGUGCUCAACAGCAAGGAGGAGCAGCGGGAGAUCGCCGAGACCCGGGAGACGUGUCGGGCUGCUUAUGAUACUUCUGCACCAAAUGCAAAACGUAAAUAUCCAGAUGAGGGAGAAGCAGAUGAAGAAGAGAUUGAAGAAUAUAAGGAUGAAGUAGAGCUGCAGCAAGAUGAUGAGAACCUGCCCUAUGAAGAAGAGAUUUACAAAGAUUCCAGUACCUUUCUUAAGGGCACUCAGAGCUUAAAUCCACACAAUGAUUACUGCCAGCACUUUGUGGAUACAGGACACAGACCCCAGAACUUCAUCAGAGAUGUUGGCUUAGCAGAUAGGUUUGAAGAAUAUCCAAAACUUAGAGAGCUCAUCAGAUUGAAGGAUGAGCUGAUAUCUAAAUCUAACACUCCUCCCAUGUAUUUACAAGCAGACUUGGAAGCAUUUGAUAUUAGGGAACUGAAGUCCAAAUUUGAUGUGAUUCUCCUGGAACCACCACUGGAAGAAUACUACCGGGAGACUGGCAUUACUGCCAAUGAAAAAUGCUGGACCUGGGAUGAUAUCAUGAAAUUGGAAAUUGAAGAAAUUGCAGCCCCAAGGUCAUUUGUGUUUUUGUGGUGCGGUUCAGGCGAGGGUCUGGAUCUGGGCCGAGUGUGUCUACGCAAAUGGGGUUACAGAAGAUGUGAGGACAUUUGCUGGAUUAAAACAAAUAAGAACAAUCCUGGAAAGACCAAGACUCUAGACCCUAAGGCUGUUUUCCAAAGAACCAAGGAGCAUUGCCUCAUGGGCAUCAAGGGCACCGUGCGCCGCAGCACAGACGGGGACUUCAUCCACGCCAACGUUGACAUCGACCUCAUCAUCACUGAGGAGCCUGAAAUCGGCAACAUAGAAAAACCGGUGGAGAUUUUUCACAUUAUUGAGCAUUUCUGCCUUGGACGACGGCGGCUUCACCUGUUUGGAAGGGACAGUACAAUCCGACCAGGUUGGCUGACGGUGGGUCCAACCCUCACCAACAGCAACUUCAAUGCAGAGACAUAUUCCUCGUACUUCACGGCUCCCAACUCCCACCUGACGGGCUGCACCGAGGAGAUCGAGCGGCUGCGGCCCAAGUCGCCCCCGCCCAAGUCCAAGUCUGACCGGGGCGGGGCUGCUCCCAGGGGAGGAGGCCGAGGAGGGACUGCGGCCGGCAGGGGAGAGAGAGGCAGAGAGAGGAACAGAACGAACUUCCGUGGUGAACGGGGUGGCUUCCGAGGGGGCCGAGGAGGGACCCACCGAGGGGGCUUCCCCACCCGCUGAGGAGGUAACGGCUUCUUGCCUCAUCCCACGCCUCGUCUCUGAAUCUCUUUCUUAGUCUUGUUUUUCCUGAAAUGAAUUCCUCUGGGGACUCAAGCUAGAUGACUUGUGAAAUUGGUUUUGGUGAGGCUGUUCCAGUCUUCCCAUGCCUGGGCUGGCAUGGCUCCACCUUGCCUGGCAGCACUGAAUUCACAGCAGAGAGCACCAUCUCUUCACACACCAUGGGAAGGAGGGAAGGGAAGGUACUUGCUCUGCUCUUAGGAAAAUGGGGAGGGGGGGGGCACAACUUUCUUUUCAGCUGUUAUUUUCUCCAAAACAUGGAUUUCUCUUCCUUCUUCGGAGGUCUGGGCUUGGACUGACCUGGAUUAAUAUGGUGGAAUGGGCAUGAAAUGCAGUUCUGAAUUGCAGACUUACUGUCUUAUAGAAGAAACAAAUGCUGUGUCUGUAUUGACACCUAUUUUAACUCCUCUGAAAACAAGGAGCAAAUGGAAUAAAUAGAAUUCUAUUUUUUCUUAUUUGGUUUUAACUUCCCAAAUUAUUCCUGGGAAUAGGGAACAAGUUAAUUUUUAAUUUGUGCUGUAUGUGCACUCACUUUUCCUUAGGGAGAGUGUAAUUCUGUGCAGUUAUGUGUUGUGCUUCAUGGAAAGCACCAAGCAAGCUGUGCACUUAUGUGCAGUCCAGAACUUCUGCAAAGUCCGGAUUGCUCCUGUAGCAGGGAUUUUCACCCAUUGUGUGUUUGUAACACUUUGUUCUUUGGAAGAUAAAAGAACAGUGUCACUGCAGAGCAAUCUGUGACCUUCUUGGAGAGCAGGUUGGAAAUGUGUGUGUGCAGUUCCUGAAGCUUGUCACCUGGGAACAGGGUACAGUAACAGAACCAAGUGCUUGGCUUUGCCUGUGGGAGUUGCACGCAUUUGGAAAUAUUGGCUGUUGCAGAUGAGCUCCAGUGCAGUGUGGACAGACAGCAACUCACUUUGGUAUGUACAGUGUCUGUUUUUAGCAGAACCACAGCUCCGAGCUUCUUGCUCAUUACUUGGCAGGCUGAACAAACUUGGCUGUUGAUGUAUCAAGGUCAUAGCUGUGGAUCUUUGAUUUUAAAUAGCUGUCCUGUAAAGUAGCAAAUUAUUAAACAUGUUUAUCAAAGUUAAUGUUGCAUUAUUUUUCUUCAUAUUUUAUGGAUUUGUUCUCCUUGAGGUUUUGGAAUUGCCAAGUGGUUUCCUCUGUGCUCUUGUUGAACAGAACUAUUCUUUUGGUGUAAGGAAUAUUGGCACAGGUGUUUUUGAGGGGCUGGUGGAACUCGCUGUUGUUUACAAGUUGGUUUUUCCUGUGUCAUUUGCACAUCUGGAGAGUGUGACUGGAUUUGCGGAGGGGGUGUUUUAAGGGUGGUGCUCAUUUGGCCAUCAGUGAAGUCAGCCAUGGGCUAAGUGAACAGCAUCUGACAGCAGGUACAUGCCACAGUAAAGAAACUUUGUAAUUUUUGCUUUAGUCACGUUAUUCAAAAAGUAAAUACUGAAGACAACCUUAGGACCACUGCUUUUGUGCCAGGGACAAACUUGGGGUUUUUUAUGAAUAGAAAAUGUUAAUUUCCAUUUCCCCCUUUUAAGCACAAGCCCAUUGCUGAUAGUUCAGUGCUGGUUUUACUUGAGUUGAAUGGACAAAGGAACUCCACCUUUGUACCCAUCCUCCAUGAAGAUCUACUACCUGCUCAUCAUUAUCGGAAGGUGCUGUUCCAGGAGUGACAGACUGAUGGCCUGUAAAGGUGAGACAGCAGCACACCCAAAGCUUGGUGUCAUGUCCUUGUGGUGGUGGAGAUGAUACGUAGACACUAUUACGCACACCCCAUUAUACAGGGUAAAAACAUCUGGUCAUUUACUUAAUCCCUGUGAUUUGAACCAUAUCUAAAGUGAUAUCUAGAGAUGAAAGGCUUUUAAUUGCAUUACUGUGUCAGUUAAUUUCUCAGUUGUAACACUUACAGGAGGAGGAUAAGGCUCAGAAUCAGUGAGCUGAUGAAUAUUUCAUUUACCCCAAGUAAAUGAAGACCUAAUUUGAGCAUGCUUUCCUUGAAGAUAAAGAGCCUAACAGGUUUCUUCUUUUCCAAUGCUAUUACAUGCAUAAUGCCUUCAGUCUGAGUUGGGAUGCCUGUCUAGAUCUUGCCAUGUCUUUCCAUUCUGGAAGAGGCUUAGAGUACUAGGACUAUCUUAUACCCUCUAUGAAUUAAGUGAGGAAUCUGACAGUUGCACUGAAAAGAUACUAAGGAUGUCUCAGCACUUACCUUCAGAGGGAAUUCAAGACUCACCUGUAGAUCACUGUGUGUAAAUCAGCCAUUAGCUGGAGGUGGUUGGAAUGAUGGAUGUGCUGUGUAGGUUGGCAGUCAAUGCUCUUGGGGGUUUGAGGUCUUCCCCAGCACAAGCUUAUUGUGCGUGUGUUCAUAGGUACUGAAUGCUUUGCUCGGUGGAGUGGAAUUUAGGCUGCAAACUAAACAGCAGUUUUGGUCUGAUAAUGGAAGUUAACUGGCAUUAAGUCAUCUAAUUAAUUUUAGACUACUCAGCUAGCUGUUUUUCUGUGCCCUUCCAAGGAUUUUAAUAUCCAGAAUGCACUCUAGAAAUAAAGGAAAUAUGAACAUUUCAAGCCUAUUACAUUGAAGACAUCUGUGAGUCUUGUUUCUUCAAUGUGGCUUUAUAAAGAUAUAUUGAGUAACUGAAAGUGAUAGAUAAAAGAACCCACCAUUUCUGUAUAUAGCAGAAAAGAUGUUUUCUCAUUUGAAAAUUGGUGGCAGCUUUAUUGCUUUAGUAGAAAUACCAAUUGUGUAAUGGGUUGAAGGUCAACUGAACAUGGAGGAGGGCUGCAUUAAUCCUUCUCAUAAUAGGGUCAUUCCCAUGGGCUCAAAAUAAUGCAGUAGGUAAAUUUACAGUAAAACACGAAGUAAUUUUUUGUGUAGUAAUUACAGCAAUGACAAAGGAAAAAAGAGGCCUGACUACUGUAAAGCUGAGUUAAAGACU